AUGCGUCGAACAUCCUACUAGCCAUUCAAAUCUCCUCAUAAGAAGGAGUACUAAUCAGCAAUGGAAAAGUUAUAGAAAGAGGCCUAAAGAGCAGUAAAUAAUACUCAUAUCAUGAGUGCUGUUAAUGGGCUUAAUUAAACAUAAACUAAUAUGAUAAUGACAAAUCAGUUUAUUGAUCAAAGAAUAACAUCGCCAACAAAAGGAUUGUAGUCACCAUAGAGGCAUUAGAAAACUAUUUAAAAUCCUAGAUUGAGUGUUAAUGUAAAUGGAGGUUAGGCAACAUCGACUAUGCAGAAUGGAUUGAGUUAAUACGGGCAGUAAAUUAUAAAUACUAUACCUUUGUAGCUAAACCAAGACUAAUAGUAACAGUAACAGCAGGAGCAAUUUAAUUAGAGCAGGAGAUAGCCAUUUUUUUAAAGUACAGUAACAGAUGAUGAACCGGCGAAGCCAAUGUUCUCAAUCCCCACAACAUAAUAUGAUCUGCGAAGAGAGAUUGAGCUAUAAAAUAAAAGAAUCGAGGAAAUGAAAUUAUAAGAGUCAAUUGUGGACCAUAAUAACGAAGAUGAUGAAAGUUAAGAAGCUCAACCAGUAAGUGCAAAUAACGGUUUGAAUAUCUCCACUAAGAAGGAAAGAAAAAAGCUCAGAUUGCUAGUUAAUACUUCUCACUGUAGAGCAGAACUAGAUACAGUGCAGUAUGUGAUUGAUAAGCAUGGCUAUAGAGAGAGCACAUAAGCAGGAGAUGGGAAUAUUUUAUGCUAGCAUUUUGCAAAAAAGAAUGUGUUUUGUGUAAUUCUAAGCAGACUUCAAAGAUUUUUCCCAGACAAGUUCAACUUUACACCACCGUCGUUUUUACUACCUGAUGAGGCCUACGAGCUUGAAGAAUAUAUGAGGGCUUUUCCUAAUUAUACAUUUAUUGCUAAGCCAUCUAAAGGCAGAGGAGGAGAUGGCAUAUUCUUAGUCAAGAGAUUCUCAGAAUUGCCGAAAUCUGCAUUACAACAUGAUUUCAUAGUGCAAAGAUAUAUUGAAAAUCCAUUUCUGAUUGACAAGAAAAAAUUUGACUUUAGAAUAUAUGUAGUGAUAAAAGGAAUCGAAGAGAUUGAAGCUUACCUUUGUGAUGAGGGACUUGCCAGAUUCUGCACAUCUAAUUACAAGAAACCAGAUCAUUAAAAUAUCAAGAAUUUGUACAUGCAUCUAACAAACUUCUCUCUAAACAAGAACUCAGAUAAAUUCAUAUAACCUGAAGGAAAAGACAUUAGACAUUUGAAGAGAUAAAUAUAGGAUGUGGCUAUUAAGACGGUCAUCUCUCUUGAACCUUAUCUUAAAAAUGCUUAUCACUGCUUUAUAAACUCUGAAAAUGCUAAUCCAAAGUGCUUUCAGAUACUUGGUUUAGAUAUUAUGAUAGAUGAAUAGUUUAAUGUCUGGUUGAUUGAAAUUAACGCUAAUCCAAGCCUUAAUGUUUACAUCGACAAAGAAUUACCAAAUGGAGAUAUAGAGCAAACACUUUCUGAGUUGGAUAAAUACGUUAAAUGCAUGUUGAUAUCAGACACACUUAAGCUAGUUGGGCAUACUUAAUUAUAAAAAGCAGAUGAAGAUGAUGACUUCAGUGAAAUAGGAUGCUUGAAAAGAAUACUUCCUUCAGAAAGUUCGCAUUAUAAUUAAUUCUACAUUUACUCUACUGCAGAGAAUAUCUUCUAAAAACUUGCAGGUACAAAGGGCUGCGACUAAAUAACUAGCUCUUAAUUCUAAAGACUUAGCAAGUAUUCGGGACUUACUAACUCUACUCUUUUAAAAGCACAUUAUGAUAUAAUCUAUAAAAAUGUAGUCAGGAAAAGUGAAAAUAGCUAAAUGGAUUUAAAUAGCUUUUUCGACGCCUUGGAAGAACUCUCGCUAAGACUUUAUAAAGGCAAAGAUCUAUUUGAGAACUUAAGUGACUUAAUACAGAAAAUAGCUGAUUAAAUGUGA